AGAGUUUCACACUCUACUCUAAAUCCGAUUCGAAAUCCUACUCGAAUCGUGGCUUCCGCACCAUUUGCGGAACGCUCCAGCUCCAGUUGUGAGGUUUCAUCCCAGCUACCAUAACAUCGCUACCGUAUCAACCAACCAUGGUGAAGUUGCGCAAUCCGAAUGGUUGCGCUAGUUCUUGCAUUUCAAGAAGUUACCCAAUUUACUUGGUGACAAAGGAAGUCCGCGAAAAGUUGGGAAGGGAUCCACCUCCUGAUGCAGACAGCUAUUACGAUCCCGAAACGGAUUCUGACUACUUCGACUACAACAAGGGCACGGUGUGCAUUCGAGAUUAUGAUGCUGUAGCAAAGAUGGAUAUGGAAGUACAAGACCAGAUAUUCCUGGUGGAGUUUUACGAAAAGGCGCGCAACGGCCAUGCGUACCGUUACGAACAUUUAAAGGUUACGCUGAAGACUGCCAACGAGCGAGAACCCAAACAAGUGAAAGCCCCGCCCCCACCGCCACUCCCAGUAGACAACGUCGAUGUCUCCGACGAUUUCAUUUGUCCUUCGUUUUCCGGCUCUAGUAGCUCUGAUAGUUCUGAGUCAGAAGAAGAAGAGAAGCAAGAGACCGACGAAGAAAUUGCGAAAAGGAGGCUUGUCGCUUCUGGAUGUGAUUCGAAACCAGGGGUGAACCACGGCAAGCUGAACAUUUACUCUGCCUCCCGCGGGAAGCGCCAAACAAGAUUGUCCCAGUCGAGCCAGGGAUGUGGUAAUACGGAUAUUCUCGAGAGGACAGGAAGGCCAGAAGAUCUCAUUGAUCUACUCUUUGAGAAGCAGCCAAACCAGCUCCAGUUUGGUCAUGUUGCUCCGUCGCUGUCGACCUACCUAGCACAGAAGGCAGCAUCAGUCAACUCCUUGCAGGUUAUUGAACUCAACAAUGUCUAUGGGGAUGCUACGAUUCAGCUCUUCAACAAACUGCUGCAGGCAUUCUCCGAGCCAGGUGGCUCCGGUCCUCAGGUUCUUCGAGUUUGCAGCGGUCGGGAUAUGCCCUAUGAUUUCCUGUCGGCCUUGGAAGCAGGGUUUCGUUCCAACAGCUCCAUCCGCACUUUGGACGUGGGUUGCAUGUGGCUUACGCAACAUUGUUGCGAACCGUUUUGUAGGUUUGUGGCAUUGGCCGUCAGCUCACUUCAGAAUCUAACCACCCUCGACCUUUCUGAGACAAAGGCCUGUGAAGAAGACGAUCCUGAUGUUUCCAAAAGCAGGCCUCGCCCAGAAAGCUUGGAUCCUCUUUUAAAUCUCAUGCCAACUCUGAUGAAAUUGACCGCUGUCCAGCUCAGGAGCAGUCGAUUACCGGAGGAAUUGUUCAGUCGGCUUAUUACUGGAGUGUGCGCACUGCCAAUGUUAGAAUACCUGAACCUUGCAUGUACCAAUUGCGGGCCAAAUGCCCUUGUGAGCAUUUCUGAUCUACUGAGAAAGGAUGGCUGCACUCUCAAAACGUUGAACUUGACCGGCAUGUUCAGUGCCGGACAGGGGGGCCAUGAAGCCCCCCCUUCCAAACAAGUGAUCGAUUUCUCUUCUAUUUUUGGAACUCUAGCAGUGAAUACAUCUCUCACCACGCUAAAGCUGGGCGGCAACGAUCUCGUGGCAGGCGGGAUGAAGCAACUUGCGGAAGCAAUGUGCGCAAAUACCUCUCUGACGAAUCUUCAUUUGGAUACAAUCUACUGCACUGACGGGGGCUUUGAAGUCUUCUUCUCGUUACUUCCUAACAUGAGAGGAUUGGUGUUGCUUGACAUAUCCGACAACACGUUUGAAGAAGAAGGUUUGAAUAUCCUUGUGGACAAGAUCGCUUCAACGAAUUUGACGCUACGGCAUGUGGAGGCAGUCGAUGUCCAGAGUUCGGAGACUGCCCUUGGUCGGCUUGUAGAGGUUGUUGCGAAGGUGGAGGAGAUGACAUCGAACGUUUCCCAGCUCGACCCGUCCAAGAUCGAUGAUUGGACAGUGAAAACAAGCUUGUAUCUAAAAGUCAAAGAUGAUACUACGGUAGUGCCGCCGCGACGGUAUGGUGACGGAGAGAAGCCCGUUGGAACGGCUGAAUUUCUUCGAGAGUUUGUUCAUGGCAAGAUUGCCUUGCUCAAGGAUGGGACGGUGAAGCCUUCUGACUGUAUUCUGUUUCUCAAAGCCUUGGAUUCGUCAAAGCCAGGCGUGGAGAUAGAGAUACGACAUGACGAAGACGAAGAGGAAUACAAUCCCGGGCCUGACAAGAGGCAAGAUUUCUAUCUUUUCGCCAGCAGCGGGAAACUAGCGGAUGCAGCCAAAGUCAUCAUGAACCUAGGCAUUCCAAGGGUCUCCGUGACGAACCAAAUUUCCGAUGAGUUCUUCGUUGGUCUGACCACGCAGCUUGAUUGCAAGGAACCAUCAAAUUGUCUAAAGACCCUGAAGAUCAAACAAGUCAAGAUUUCUACGGCGGGAGCUGUCCUGAUGAAAAAAAUGUUGACGGUCUCUUCUUCGCUGGACCAUAUUGAGCUUUCUGAUCUUGUGAGUGACGAUACGCAUGAUCCCACAUUUGUACUUGACGAGGAGAUUCCGAUGGGAACCUUGCCUGCUCUGAAAACCCUCGUUGUUUCCUCGGUGAAGCUCAGCAAAGGUAAUGUAGAGAUUUUGGCAUGGGUCCUGUCUGCUGCCCCCAGCUUAGAGAAGCUAGAAAUGAGGUAUGCCUAUGCCGAAGACGUUGACAAUAUGAAAACGCUCUGUAGAGGGUUUGAAAAGAACGAGUCAUUGCGCUUCCUAAAGGUCAGUUUCGAGAAGGAGACAGAGGGAGCCCUUCUAGCCCUUACGAAGGGUUUCGCCUUUCUCGACAGUGUGGAUAUGGAUAUCCAGUUCAACAAAGUGACCCCAGCGAUACUCGAGGCACUCGGUUCGAGCCUCUUGCGCAAUAAAAGCAAGCGCGUCAAGCUGGUCUUCCAUCACACAUGCGGAGAUGUCGAUGUUUCGCCGCUGGCACGUUCACUCAAGGAAAACCAGUCGCUGAAGACCUUGUCGCUUUAUUCUGGGUUAGAUUGGAAUUCCGCAGGGAAAAUGUUUGAAGAUGCUGGUGUAGAUGCACUGAAAGCAGCUUUGAUUGAGAACCCAACGAUCGAAUCUUUGCACAUCAUGCCGUCGAACUUGACGGCUUCCGCUGCUACCUGCUUCUAUUCGGCCAUUGGUUCUAUGAAAGGUUUGCGGCAAUUGGGUUUUGUGAAAUGCAAAAGGUGCGGUGACAGGGGCGACUGCAAAGCAAAUACUGAUGUACUUGUGGAAGGGUUGCUAGCGAGCGAGACGCUUGAAAAGCUCGCCAUGCAUUACUCUGACGACGAUGCCGUGGAACUUUUUCCGGCCUUGUUACAAAUAUUCAAGGCGGGCGCCCCAGCGACGCUCACGGCGAUUGAUUUGGUCUUGCAUGAUGACGCAUUCGACUUGGACGCCCUCUUUGUGGCCUUGGCAGCCAACACAACUCUGAAGGAGCUCAAGAUUCAAAUGUAUGCCGAGGAGUCGCAUUGGGAGAAGCUAGGAAAGGCAUUGACUCAAAACGACACGGUGGAAAAGCUUACCAUCGUCAACGGUUUCUCUAUCGAUCGAUUCGUGGCUUUGCUCCCAGAGAUGAAAUGCCUGAAAGAACUUCGGUUGGCUGGUGGACACAAACCCGGCGAGAAAAUUGCGGAAAAGGCGAAGGACACACACGUGAACGUUGUUUUCGUAUCAGAAGAAGAUUGAAUGGAGCAGCAACAGGAAGAUUCAGUUCGACAGCCAGAACGGACGAUCUGGCGACUGACGCGAAGACGUCUCCCUUGGACAGCCCGUGACAAAGUGCAAGCCUCCAUCGUGGCAUCGGAGGAGAUGUUGCGACUGAGUAUAUGGCUCAAUUAUUUAAAGUGCGAAACUGCAUGCAUGUCCGUGGCUCCCCAACUCGCGAUGUUUGCCUCUUCGUUUCGGGGCUGACCACUCUCGUAGUUCCGUAACUGCUCGCUAGUAGUAGGAUUGCACAUUGGCAAGGAUGACAUUGGGUCUCCCCUGGCAUUGUCCUGUUUUACCGUAGUGUGUAGAAAAUAUAGCUGCCAGGUACCGGUACGCGGCCUGGAAAGGUGCCCCUCUGGAGCUCAUGUGCUGUGCCAGGCAGUGGCUCUAACGCAGAGUAUUGCUGUCAAGAUAGUUAUGGUCUCGAGAAGAGCGACAAGGGGAGCAACCAUUGUUGUAGACCGUAGUGAUGCCAAGCUCCGCUUUGCCCCUCUGACUGGAAGCUAGUUCAGACCAAUGCUACUGAAGAAAGACUGGGCUCCCAUUGCUGUUUCUGUCGCCGAUCCAGUGGUUGCGUUAUCUUUCGUGUCCAAAAGUGGUGACGUUCCGCUAGUGGUUGCGGCAACGGCUGGUGAUACCUCGGGUGCAUCUUCGUUUGUAGCAGUCGAAGCAUAAUAGGACCCGCCAACAACAGCCCCAUUUGACAUGGUUUCGUCCUCCCAACCCACCAACUCUUCUUCAUCAACCAGGCGCUGAAGCUUUCGCACUAGGCUAAAGCUCACAACCAAACAAGACACUCCGAUGGAAAAGGCGACAAAGAGCUCAAUAGUAACCAGUGUGAUCACCCAGCUCCGACGGAUGGGUGGCAAUGGCAGCCGAUUCGCAUGGGUAGGAUCGGGAGAACGAAAGUUGUAGACAAUCGCUGCUGUGAUGGUCGAAGUGUUACCGCAGAUAUCGCAGGCAGCGAGAUUGGGGUAGGGAGUUUCCACACCAAAAGCUUCUCCAAAGUAAGUGGGGCCACGACGAGAAGUGCUGUCAAUAUCCAUGUUGGGUCUGACAAAGAGCGACAAGGACUGUCCAGAGAGAUAG